AUGGCACAAGAAAUUGUUAUUAACAGCACAGCAUUAACAGUUGAAAAGUUGAAAGUCACUGGGGAAAACGUGCUUGGCAUGUUCAAGGUAUCAGCUGCCUCCAGCCCUAGUUCUCCCCCUGUCUUCUGUAGAUCCCGGAAAACAAAACCUGAAAUUAGCAUUGCUAUCCCAAUUUCCACCAAUUUUAGUCCAAAGACUGCUGCCAUAGUCCUGGUGAUUACAGUGUAUUUUGUUGAUUUCCUCACUCCCUUGAUUGAUCUUACAGGGGAUGGUGGCUUCAGUGAAGGACCUUGUCCAAGGACUCGUACCUCCACAAAUCUCCACCCUGACUUGUCUUCUAGCUCUGAUUCAGACAUGUUGGACAUUCUGCUUCAAAUGAUGAUAAUUCUAAGAUUCUUGUCUCAUCAAGAUUCUUCUUAUGCAUAUUUCCUCCAUCUCUCCAUUGCACCUUCCCAAGCAUAUCCAGAGAAUCAGGAAGCCCUGAUGAACAAUGUGGGACAAAAGGACCUGGGCAGUCCUGCCAUUGAGAACUUUGCCCCUAUUUUUGGAGAAAUACAGAGAAAUUCCCCACUUACAGAGAAAUUCUCUGCACCUGAGGCCAGGGAAGGAAUGGUGGUAGAAGAGAAGAGCUGGAAAGGGGUCGCUCCUGGUAGCUUGGAGACUGGUUUAAGCCUCGCGCCUCCCAGGACGGGAGGAGAUGGAGAAAGAUGCUGUAGGGUACCUCUGCUGCUGAACUCGGGGCUGCCUGGAAUCUCUUUCCUUUCUCUGGUGCUGAGCCUCUUGCUGUACUUCAGGACAUCAGAUCUGCAGUCCAGGGUUUCUCAUUUGGAGGCGGACAGAUCCACUCCGCUCCCGGCCGCCUGCCUCUCCGCAGACCAAAUGGAGACAGCUAUUUUGGGAAGGGUUGACCAACUGCUCGCUGAGAAAAUAAACUUCAAUUUGCCAAGACAUCGGGAGGCUAGAGAUAUCUACCAGAGAUGCAACUGCCCAGCAGGACCGCCCGGUCCUACAGGAAGACCUGGCCUUCCGGGAGACAAAGGAACCAUGGGAAUCCGUGGGCAGCCGGGAGUCAAGGGCCAACCUGGAGAGAAGGGAGCUCCAGGAGAGGCUGGCAUGUCCAUCAUUGGUCCUCGUGGGCCUCCAGGACAGCCUGGAACAAGAGGUUUUCCUGGGUUUCCAGGUCCAAUUGGUUUGGAUGGCAAACCAGGACAACCUGGACAGAAAGGGGAAAUGGGGAUCCCAGGACAAAAAGGAGAAAAGGGUCAGUGCGGAGAAUAUCCACACAGGGAAUACCUAAGCACCACACUUGCAGCUCUGCGUUCUAAUCACAUCCUUGCAUUGAAGGGUGAACAAGGACAGGCAGGCAGCCAAGGGCCUCCAGGGCUACCUGGGCCCCCAGGACCACCCGGGACUCCAGGACCACCUGGCCCAAUGGGCCCAGCUGGGAAAACCGGAGAAUCUGGCAAGGAUGGAAAGGGUUUGCCAGGACUUCCUGGACCAAAGGGUGACCCUGGACUUCAAGGAUAUCAUGGAAGGAAGGGUGAAGUGGGUGAGGCAGGCCUACCAGGAACACCUGGACUUCCAGGAUCUGCUGGCCCUAAGGGUGAACCCGGGAAUCCAGGAGCAAAGGGUGAGAAAGGGACACCUGGUGAUCCAGGACCUUCUGGAACCAUGGGGCAAAAGGGCGAAAAAGGAGAUUCUAGCAAUGCACUUGGAGGUGGUAAAGGAGAACCAGGAACCCCAGGACUGCCAGGGCCUCCAGGACCAAAGGGCCCCAAGGGUGAACCAGGGAAGAGUGAAAUGGUAGACUACAAUGGCAAUAUCAAUGAAGCUUUACAGGAGAUACGAACAUUGGCCCUCAUGGGACCUCCUGGUCUUCCAGGCCUUGCAGGGCCAGCUGGACCGCCUGGACAGAAGGGUGAAAUUGGCUUGCCAGGUCCUCCAGGACGUAAUGGAGAAAAGGGUCUUGAUGGCCUAAAUGGAGUUAAAGGUGACCAAGGAAUGCCUGGACCUCCUGGUCUCAUCGGUCCAACUGGACUUUCAGGAUUGACAGGAGAGAAGGGAGAACCUGGAGAAAAAGGAGAUACCGGGACUUCAGUAACUGGUCCACCAGGGCCUCAAGGCCCACCUGGAAACCCAGGUCUUCAAGGGCUACUGGGACCUAAGGGAGAAGCAGGAAUUGAUGGAUUAAAAGGUGAAAAGGGUAUCCAAGGAGAAAAAGGAGAUCGGGGUCCUCUGGGGCUGCCCGGUACUCCAGGACCAGCAGGUGUCCCAGGACCAGCAGGACCGAAAGGAGAGAGGGGAAAUAAAGGAGAUUCUGGUUCUACAGGACCGAUAGGAUCAGCAGGCCUUCCCGGCUUUCAAGGACCACCGGGUGAAAAAGGAAAUCGGGGGGAAAGGGGCAAGAAAGGCUCUAGGGGGCCUAAAGGGGAUAAGGGAGACCAAGGAGCACCUGGAUUAGACGCACCCUGUCCAUUGGGGGAAGAUGGAUUGCCAAUUCAAGGAUGCUGGAAUAAGUGAAUAUUCUAACCAUGGACUGGCCUGUGUGUCUGUGUGUAUGUUUGUGCAUAGAAUAUUUAUUUUUAUACAUUGUUCUUUUUUGAAAUGCCAACAGAUAUGCAUAAAAUGCUGCAUAUUUUUGUACAUAAGAUGCUACAAUUCUGCUUUAUAGCUGUCUGCCAGUUGCUUGUAUAAUUAUAUAUAUGUCGAUAACCAUGCUUUUUGCAUUGUGGAAUUCAGCUGCAAUAUUGGCAUGAUAUUUGUGCACUCAAAGUACAUGCCAAAGCUUAAUAAGCUAUUGGAUAAGGAUGCCAGAAAGAACCAUUAAAUGUACAAACAAAGACACAAAAAAAUGCCAAUGAGUGCAAGGACAUAUCAAAAU